CCGGCUCCGAGGCGGAGGCUGGCGGGCCGCCCUGGCCGCGGGAGAUCCUCCCCCGGGCGAGGGGCGGGCUCCUGGACUUGCGCGCUCGCGCCUGCAAAGCCUCUGCGCUAUGGCGCCCGCCGGAGCCAAGAAGGGAAUUUUGGAACGUCUGGAGAGUGGGGAGGUUGUGGUUGGAGAUGGCGGUUUCCUCGUAACUCUGGAGAAGAGGGGCUAUGUGAAGGCUGGGCUCUGGACUCCGGAGGUCGUGGUAGAACAUCCAGAUGCAGUUGUUCAGCUUCACAUGGAAUUCUUGAGAGCAGGAGCAAAUGUCAUGCAGACUUUCACCUUUUCUGCCAGUGAAGAAAAGUUGGAAAGCAAGUGGGAAGAUGUAAAUGCCGCUGCCUGUGACCUCGCCAGAGAAGUGGCUGACAAAGGUGAUGCUUUGGUAGCAGGGGGUAUCUGCCAGACAGCAAUAUAUAAACAGGAUGCGGAUGAAGCAAGAGUUAAAAGACUUUUUCGACUACAAGUAGAGGUUUUUGCCAGGAAAAAUGUGGACUUCUUGAUUGCAGAGUAUUUUGAGCAUGCUGAGGAAGCUGUGUGGGCUGUGGAAGUCUUAAAGGAAUCCGGGAAACCUGUGGCAGCUACCAUGUGCAUAGGCCCAGAGGGAGACAAGAAUGACGUAACACCUGGAGAAUGUGCUGUGAAGCUGGUGAAAGCAGGGGCUUCAAUCGUUGGCGUGAAUUGCCGAUUUGGGCCCGGGAUCAGCUUGAAGACAAUGAAGCUCAUGAAGGAAGGCCUCCAAGCUGCAGGAUUGAAAGCACAUCUGAUGGUGCAGUCUCUGGGGUUCCACACACCUGACUGUGGCAAAGGAGGGUUUGUGGAUCUCCCAGAAUAUCCCUUUGGACUGGAGCCCAGAACUGCAACCAGGUGGGACAUUCAAAAAUACGCCAGAGAGGCCUACAACCUGGGGGUCAGGUACAUCGGCGGGUGCUGUGGAUUCGAGCCCUACCACAUCAGGGCGAUUGCAGAGGAGCUGGCCCCAGAAAGGGGCUUUUGGCCCCCCGCUUCUGAUAAGCAUGGUAUUUGGGGAAGUGGCCUCAAUAUGCAUACCAAACCCUGGAUUAGAGCCAGGGCUAGAAAGGAGUAUUGGGAAAACCUGCUGCCAGCUUCUGGCAGACCUUUCUGUCCUUCGUUGUCAAAGCCAGACAGCUAAGGAGCAGUGACAACCCUGGAAUAAUAAAACAGAAAGAAACCCCCCUCGAACCUCAUCUGGAUCCCUCCUCAUCUUUAUCAUCAGCCCACUGUGAUGUUUCCAGCCGCUGAACAGCUCAUGUGAGGCAGCCCCUUCAGUGAAUUCUACAUGCGAGCAUCCCACUCCUGACGGAUGCUGCAGAGGACACAAUGGUGAUGAGAAGCGCUCCUUGUUCUCAGUAUUUACUGUCCAGGAAUUCUGCAGUACAUUGUUUUUCAGAUUAUCAAGAAUAGCAAAAUAAAUAAAUAAAUAAAUACCUUAGAAGCUUAAGAGCAGCUUAUUGAAUAGCAAUUAAUAUCAUAAUCUUGAAAACCAGACAGACCUGAAUUUAAGUCCCAGGUCUGCCCCUGUUUGCUGUAAUGAUAGUGCCUAGCAUAUAUGGUUGUCAUGUUUAUUAAAGUGAUAAAAGGUUCCAACAACAGAAUGUGGUAAUAGACAUUUGUUAUAAUAGACUGUUCUACUGCAUGAGUUUAUUCCAAUCAUGUGUAAUAGUUCUAACCUAGGAGUUUCAACUUGUAAGGUAUAAAUAAAAAAUAAUUUUAUUUUUUCCAAAAAAAAAAAAAAGAAUAGUGAAACUUGUCUUUGGGAUGAAUUAGAGAUUUAAAAACAAUCAGAAGUCACUGUGCACGAAUCUAGUGAUUAAUUCAGGUGACUAAGCUAGGUGCUUGAGGAAGAUAAAGUGGCAUUCUGAACUAACACACCGAGUCUGCUUUUCUUAUAUGAUUUGUAUAAUGAUUCCAAAGGCAGUCCUGAAGGAAAAGAAGCAAAAACCAAUUUGAGCAAUGGAAGGAUUGUUGAAAUAAUUGUAUAACCUUCCAAAGUGAUUACUUUUGAAGAUGAUUUUACUUACAGGUGACAGGGUCUAGAGUUUUUUUAAUGUCUUUAUAAUCAUAAAUAGCUAGAUUACAAAAUAUUUAGGGACAAGGACCAUAUGGUAUACUUCUUAUAUUUUUCCUUAUAGUAUUUAGCAUUGUGCUAGGCAUAAUAAUAGAUGCUUAAUAAUAAACAGUAAAUAAAUACUUACUGUUUAAAAUAAGUAAAAACAAACAGUUUUAGAAGACUUAAAAAGUCAGAGUUCAAAUCUAUCUUGGUCUAAUAUUUUCUUGACUUAUUUUCUAUGUACCGAUUUCUCUCUGUUUUUCAAAAUAAUGUAUCAACUUUUGAAAAUUAAUAAAAGUAAAAAUAAUAUA